CCACAAUUGAGCUGCAAAAGAUGAGUCAUUUUCGAAUACUCUAGGAUAAUUUCCUCUCUAGUGAGUAAAUGUUAUAUAGGAUUAACAAGGGUUGCUACGUGUUCUGACCACCACGCGAUUAGCUACUUACAUCAAUAUUGCUAUAUAAACAGAUCGAAAGAAUAUUCUGAAAGGAAAUCUUGCGCAGAUACUUCCGAAUAAUUCUUCGAUUUAUUUGAGUAGUGUCCGCGUAAGUAAUCUCCCAAUUUUCUGCUGUGCUAUUGAGUUAGACCAAUUAACUUGGUUAUAUAUUCUCUCACGGAUCCGGUGUAAAGUUUUCUGGGAUGAGAAAUAGUCCGCUACCUCCAACCUACAAGCACCCACUCCUGAUUAUUGAUGAGCAAUUACCGCAGGCUGGUUCUCUUCAUUUUCUUUUCUGGUCUGAUUGUCCGUCGAAAGCGGCGUUAUCAACUUAAAUCCGAUGUAGCCGAUCCCCAGGCUACCGCCAUUUGCCAAUGUGAAAUACAGAUGUGCUCCAGCUCUGGUAAUAACUUGUCAUCUGGAAGCUAAUUGACCUCGCAAUGUCCCUGAACAGAAUGCCGACAUCUGCUGGAUUCCAAACAGUGUUUCGCUUUGUGAAAGAUGCACCAGAUGGCACGAGCGGUCAACCUCAACCUCGAGUGACGAAAAGGAACCGCCAGUCGAUAUCAUGUUCGACAUGCCGAAGUCGAAAGUCAGUCGAAUCCAUUCAAAAACCAUAUCAGAUCCCAAAUUUACUUUGAUCAUAGAUUGAAAUGCGACCGACAGCGUCCAUGUUCCUCUUGUGUGAAGAGAGGUGAUGGCAUCCCUUGCACUUAUGCUGGACCAAUAAAAGAUGCUCGAAGUCGCCAUGUUGAAUCAAGAGGUUCUGAGGUUCAAUUGAGACUUCAAAAACUUGAGGAGAUGGUCACAGGUUUAUUAAUGCACAAAACGAAGGAGCAGAAUGAACCUCGCAACUUCCUCUCGGAUUUAGCGAUAACUCCACCUGAAAUGAUUGAUCCUUCUUUGAAGACCUCCACUGGCAGUGCAAAUGAAGCAGGUGACGCAACUCUAACUGAGCAUAGUCAUUUGUGUGGUAACGACUCGGGAACUAGGUAUUUAGGUGCCACUAAUUGGACCACAGUACUUCAAAACGUAAUCUUGUUUUCCUUUCAAAGUUCACAGGUCUCCUACUAAUGCAUACGAGGAUUAGAUACGUGGAAUCCAAGAUGUCCUCGAUACUGGCGUAGAAGAGGAACCUACACCAAAUAAUUUGCCUUCUGGACAGAAUAUUCUGUUCGAUUGCUCUCCGAUGGUGACUUUUUCUGUACUUUGCAGUUCACUUCCACCACGAGCAACAGUUGAUAAUUUGAUGUCGGCUUACUUCAACGCAAAACAUAAUCAGAGCCGUAGGUCCAACAUGAAUCCAGUGUAUAUCAGUCCAAACUGACACGAAUAGCAAUUAUUCAUAGUACAAAGUUUCUUCGAGAGGUAACUAUGACCUAACCCUGUAACAAACCCAGUACUGAAGAUGCUACCAGUGCGAGGAAUUCUGGAAAGAUCACUCUUCAGCAUCCCCGUUAUGGAUUUCAAUGCUCUACUCAGCAAUGUAUCUCGCUUCACAGUUCAACGAGGCCAGUGGCACUAAAGAUCGUUCUUCAUCCAACCCCCGCAUCUUCUUGACAAGGGCAAAACAGGCUCUCUUGGCUGGCGAGUAUCAGAAAGGCAAACAAUAUUCCCUCGAGGCCCUCCUCUUCUACUUGAAAUGUAAUUUUGUAUUACGGGAGGACUACGAGUCCAGUAGCUGGAUGAUAAUGGGAAUCACCGCCAAACUAGCAUUACGAAUGGGCUACCACCGGGAUCCCAAAACCCUCAAAAACAUAACCCCUUUUGAAGGAGAAAUGAGACGACGUACAUUCUUUCUGGUCGAAGUAAUGGAUCUCCUCCUCUCAUUCCAAGCAGGCGUCCCCCCCACAAUUCAAGAAGACGAAUGCGACACCGAACCACCCAGUAACCUCCUAGACACCGAUUUCUCCGAAGACUGCGAGAUUCUUCCUCCCUCGCGUCCUUCCAGCGAUCCAACCCCCAUGCUCUACUACUGCGUCAAAAGCCGUUUAGCAAAACUCCUCCGUCGCGUAAUCCGUCACGCCCUCUCCCUAAAAAGCCCCUCCUACUCCGAAACCAUGAAGCUCGAACAAGAACUCUCCAUCGCCUACGAAAACAUCCCAUCUAGUCUGCGUCCUCGGCCCCUCAACUGCUCCCUCACAGAUCCCGCCUACAUAAUUCUCCACCGACUGAACCUAGAGCUCCUCCAUCUCCGCUGUUCCUGCGUUCUCCACCGGAAAUACCUCAACCACGACCGUCUCAAUCCAACCUUCCAAUUCUCGCGCGCAAAGUGUUUAGAUUCCGCUCUCAAGAUCCUGGAAUACCAGAAGGAAUUGCAUUAUGCAUGUCUCCCAGGUGGUCAGCUAUAUAAUGAUCGUUGGAUGCCUUCGAGUCUCAUUAUGCAUGACUUCCUCCUGGCGGUUAUGAUUGUGUGUCUUGAACUUUAUGAAAGCCGUUUUGAAAAAGGCGAUGAGGAGGUGAGGCGGAAGAGAUAUGAGGUUGUGAGGGAUAGUUAUGAUAUCUGGUAUUCGAGACGUGAGAUAUCUAAGGAAGCCAGGAGAGCGGCGAAUGUCUUGGGGGCUAUGCUCAAGAAAGUAAGCAAACCGGUGGAAGCUAAUUCAAUGGCCAUUUCUAUGAUCAUCGAGGAAGAGGGAAGGUCUGAUAUGGGGGAGUAUGCUUGGGGUAUGAAUACCAUGCAAGAUACCCCACUCGAUGAUGUCGGAUCGAUGGAUCUUCCAUUACCGGAUUAUUUCAAUAAUGUCUUCGGGACGGAGGAUGGGUUUAAUUGGGUACAUAUCCGACUCCAUCUAAUGGCAGGCCCUCGCUAACUAACGAUAGGGGUGUAUGGAUCAUUAUUUGGCUUCUCAGGACUUGAACAGUGGUGAUUCUCAGUUCUUUUCUGGGUGGCAAGGUUGA